CCUUCCAACUACCUUCCAAACCCGCCUCUUUUGAAAAAAUCUCCAGCCCACCACGCAAACCCAAAACUCUCAACGCCCACUCAAACACGUUAUACGUGGUAUCCUCCCGUGCCACCAAGCAAUCAAGCAAGCAAGCAAGCAUUCCAUCGAACGCUUGAUAGGCAUCUCCCCCGAGAACUCCAUCGCUCCUUCAACCACCUACCGCGGGAGAUCCAUCCAUGGGUCCUCUCGUCGUCGUCUCUCAGCUCGCCACCGGCCUCGGCGUGCUGGCUGGAGCGAUGCUGGUGAAGUCGGUGAUGGAGCAGCGCCCGAUGGCCGGAGGGUGGCCUCGUUGCGCGUCUUGCAACGGGACGGGGAGGGUGGCUUGCCUCUGCUCCCGAUGGUCGGACGGAGACAUCGGAUGCCGCACUUGCGCUGGGUCUGGGCGCAUGGCUUGCAGCAGCUGCGGCGGAUCCGGCACUGGCCGUCCCAUCCCCGCUCAACUCCCCGUGCGCUCCAAUCGCCCUUCGUGAUCUCAAAGGUAGCAAUGAAUCAUCUGGUUAUUGUAUAUGAAGUUUGAUUGUUGUUAGUUUGUAGUUUCCUGAGCACAAAUAUUAUACUUGCUAUCAAGCAAUUAUUUAAAGAUUUUUAUUGGGAAUAUACGGAUGGAUUUGAUGCUUAUCAUUA